UUUGGAGUAGUUCAAUUUAACUUUGUAAAUAACUUUCAAAGAUGAAUCUUGAGGUGUUGAAUGACUUAAUUCAACAAGGUGUUCACAUAUGGAUGAAGUCGUUUUCCUUUUCUUGAUCCUUUCAGAAAUUCAACCAACUUUAGAGACAAUUUGUCAAGAAAUAGUCUUCUUCUCUGUUAUAUUGCAAUACAUCACAGAUAGAAUGACUUCCUGCUUCUUAUUGAUGAAUUUUAGUGGACAUCGAAUGUCGCUGAAACAUUAUAUAAACAGUGUGAGAAGUGUUUUUGAUACCAGAACAUUUUAUAGUUGGCAUUCAUCAUGGACUUAUAUCAAUGGAAGGAACAUUGGAAAUCUGGAAGCACUAGGCAGCUGUUUUAUGCUAGUAUGGAACUCUUCAGCAGUGUCUACUCAUGACUCCCAGGUUCUGCGACAAACAAGUUAUCACUAAGACACUGAGUUGGAAUCCAAUGAUCCACAUUUCCUACUUUCAUCAUUUCACGAUAUAGAGCAACCUUCAUACAAUGUCAUUAAUGAAUAACUGUCCUCACGUUCGACUUGAUUGGCCUAAUUGGUCAAAAAUUCUCAUUAGAAAUUUGAGAACCACCUCUUGAAGCGAGUUACCAAUGACUACUAGAUUGAUUCAGUUGAAUUUAUCAUCAUUUUCAGGAUAUCUAUCAAAUACACGAAGGUGGUAUGAGAGAGAGAGAAGAGCCCUAAUAUCAUUUAUUAUUUUGAUUUCAG